AUGUCGGCCUUUCUCCCUGCCUUCCGACGGGUUGCCUUUCAGGCCCCGUCUAGGUUCUUCGUCUGCAAUCAAUGCCUGCGGCAGCCCCCCCGCGCAGCGCCCUCGUCGCGCAUCCUCAAGGCCGCCACCCAGUCUCGAUUCUUCGUCGCCAACGCAACGGGGCCGGUGAAUGCAUUGGCCGCCGAUGCCUCCGGCGCCGCCGUAAAGGCCUCCUCGCAGGCCAAAUACGUCUUUCCCAAGACCACGUCCAAAGCCGUCGGCUAUUGGCUCAUCGGUAGCGCCGUUAGUGUUUUUGGUAUCGUCGUCUGGGGCGGCCUGACCAGAUUGACUGAAUCAGGCCUGAGUAUCACAGAGUGGAAGCCCGUGACUGGGUCGAUGCCGCCGCGAUCCCAGCAAGACUGGGAGGCCGAGUUCGAGCUGUACCGCGCCUCGCCCGAGUUCAAACUCCUCAACCCGCACAUGACGCUCGACGAGUUCAAAAAGAUUUACUUCAUGGAAUGGAGCCAUCGCCUGUGGGGUCGCGUCAUCGGGGUCAGUUUCGUCCUGCCUACGCUCUACUUCAUCGCCCGCCGCCGCGUCUCCGCCCGCAUGGGCGCCAACCUUCUCGGCAUCUCCGCCCUCAUCGGCUUCCAGGGCUUCAUCGGCUGGUGGAUGGUCAAGUCCGGGCUCAAGGACGACCUCUUCGCCGAGGGCUCCCACCCGCGCGUCUCCCAGUACCGCCUGACUGCGCACCUCGGCACCGCGUUCAUCUGCUACUCCUGGAUGCUGCUCUCCGGGCUCGCCGUGCUGCGCGCCCGCCGCAUGGCCGCCGACCCGCGCGCCGCGCUCGCCGCCAUCCGCGCCGUCCAGAACCCCGCCCUCACCAACUUCCGCCGCGCCGUCCUCGGCAUCACCACGCUCAUCUUCGUCACCGCCAUGUCCGGCGCGCUCGUCGCCGGCCUCGACGCCGGCCUCAUCUACAACGAGUUCCCCAAGAUGGGCGUCGGGCUGACGCCGCCCGCCGCCGAGCUCUGGGACAAGUUCUAUGUGCGCCGCGACGACGGCGCCGACCUCUGGUGGCGCAACAUGCUCGAGAACCCCAGCACCGUGCAGAUGGACCACCGCAUCCUCGCCGUCAGCACGUUUUGCGCCAUCCUCGCGCUCUUCGCCUACUCGCGCCGCGGCCGCGUCGGCGCGGCCCUGCCCAGCAACGCCCGCAAGGGAGCCCUCGGCCUCGUGCACCUCGUCUGCAUGCAGGUCGCGCUCGGCAUCACCACGCUCAUCUACAUGGUGCCCAUUCCCCUCGGCGCCGCCCACCAGGCUGGCAGCCUCGCCGUGCUGUCCGGCGCCCUCGUCCUGGCCCACCGCCUGCACGUGCCCAAGUCCACCGUCCGCGCUCUCGAGCAGAAGCUCAAGCACAUGAAGCCACAAUAG